UUGCCGUACAGCUCACAUACGAUGUCAACAUGGCGUCCUCAAUGUCACUCUUUGGUUUAAGCCGAUUUAUCUCUCUAACAUCAGUCACAAAAACAUUUGUGAACCCUGCAAGGUCAAUAAGCACGUCUGGAUGGAGGCUUGUAGAUCAACAAGGACAGGGAUCCCAGCUCAUCACUGUGGAUGAGAAACUGGACAUCACCACUAUCACUGGCGUUCCAGAGGAGCACAUUAAGACCCGCAAGGUCCGUAUCUUUGUGUCUGCCCGCAAUGCCAUGCAGUCGGGCAUCAAAAACACACAGAAGUGGAAGAUGGAUUUCGACACCAGAGAGCGCUGGGAGAACUCACUGAUGGGUUGGGCCUCCACGGGAGACCCUCUGUCCAACAUGGCUCUUACGUUUAGCACCAAGGACGAUGCUAUUGCAUUCGCAGAGAAGAACGGUUGGAGUUAUGAUAUAACAGAGAAGAGGGAGAAGAAGCCCAGAGUGAAGUCAUAUGGUUCAAACUUUUCCUGGGAUAAAAGGACUAGAAGAUCAGCCAAAUAGACACCCAGUCUUUUAUCUUUAACAGACCUGUAAAAAUGACAUAUGUAUCUAAUAAAAACCUCUUUCUGUAAAACUUUAAA